AUGGCUGCGACGAAGAGCAAGAACAAGGAGGACAUUUGCAAGUGGUGCAAGAGGGCGUUUGAGACAACUCCCAACCCACUGGUGGCGAACCCGGGGGCUGGUGACCUUUUGAAGCGUCGAUGUGCGAAUGGCAGAGACUGCCGCCCGUGCUUUGUCUUUAUCAAGAACCAUGACGUCUACAAGGAGUACACAACUUCUGGGCUUGUGGAAUUCUUGGGUGAAGGUUCCAACCAGGAUGACUACAACGCUGCCCUGGAAGAGUACUGCAAAAGCGUUCGUGAUGGAAAGAAGCGCACUCGCAGUCGAGGUGCAGUUGCAGAGCAGUCGAACAGCUUUGCCACAAAGCAUAUACUUGGGUACUUGUGGCCAGUUCCAUUGCUCAAAAGGCAUGAACGCCCGAUUCCGAAGAAACUCACCACCAUACAGCAUCAAGGAAAGCCGUUGAAAGGAGCACUUCUAGAAGAAUGGGUCAUUGGCGCAGUAGAGGUUGCAUCAACCAGCGCCAAGACCGCCAAGCAGAUACAUGAAAUUGCUGAUGGAGGAUCUUCCGACGAUGACAAUGCUGCCGAGGCUUUCGAAGCAGCAUCGAAGAAGGUCAGAGUCAGCGCCAUUGCCAAGGAUGAUGAACUUUCCUUGAAAAUGCCGGUGAAAGCAUCGAAUGAAGACGACGAAUUGAUGAACAUGCUCUGGGGUGGCAGUAGCUUUGGGGGAGCCAGCGAUGAUGCGGAGAACAGCGCCCCUGUGAAGAAGAAGGUCAGGACAGCAUCUACCGCUAUCCCCCGUGCUCGUGGGGCUCAGUCGUCACAAGAUCAAGCAGCCGCUAGUGCUGCAUCAGGGCAACAGUCAGAAUCCCAGUCUGAUGGUGGAGCCAGGUUUACUUUCAGCAUGGCUGGUGGUGGGAAGAAGAGCGCGGCUGAGACUAGAGAACUGGACAAGAGUGAAACCCUGGUUCUUCAGUCGAAUCAGCUCAAGCAUCAGGUUGAAGACGCCAGAGGCGUCAUGAAUGUCUCCCUUACCAAAACCAAUUCCUUGUUGGACAAAGUGGACAGCCGACUCAAUGAGUCCACCAAGAUCACCAAGAGUUUUGUGGAGAUGAUCCGUGUCCAGGGUCCCGGCUGCCGAGCUGAAACAGUUUGGCAGUCUUUGAAAGAUGCCCGAUCCAUGCUUCAAGCUGUGGCAGAUUUCUUGGAAGCACUUCAAGACAAGGAAGCAGCCCCAGAAACACUGGGUGCUCGUGCACAAGUACUCCGUGACCUGAAGAUCUCCAUUCCAUUGCAGAUCAACAACGUUAUCUGCCAACGGACGUUGGUGUCUAUGUUUGAGGACGAGAAGUUUGGGGCAAUUGUCGAGUUUCUUGAUCCUGGCUUUGCAGAAGUGCGCCCAGAGGGCAUCAAGUCUGUGAUUGGGGAAGUGUGGGUGAUGAAGUUUCCUUGCCGCUUGUGA